CGGUUACGUCACGUCGCUCCCUCAGCCAGUCAACGUAACGCAAGGUCGUUUCUAGCAGCAGCAGUGCGCCGCAAACAUGAUGUCUCUCGCCGCCCGCUCAGGGGCCUUUUCCCCUUACAUGCAGGCCACAGCCGUGGCCGUCGCCGGUCCCCUGAAGGCCCUGGUGCCCGGGGUUGUCGUGAAGGCGGAGAAGGUGUUGUUGGACCCGAAAAGACAGUUCCUCUGCCGGGAGUCUCUGAGCGGUCAAAGCCCGAAGACUGGGCCUGCUGUGACUGUGAGCAUCAGUGGCUGUGCGGGGGUGCGAUUUGCCCACACAGACAUCAGGGUACCGGACUUCUCUGACUACAGGCGCCCAGAUGUGCUCGACCCCAGCAAGUCCUCCCAGGAGAGCAGUGAAUCCAGAAGAACCUUCUCGUACCUGGUCACCGGUGCCACAACCGUGGUGACCGUCUACGCCGCCAAGACGGCGGUCACUCAGUUUGUUUCUUCGAUGAGCGCCUCGGCUGACGUCCUGGCCCUGUCCAAGAUUGAAAUAAAGCUGGCCGACAUCCCUGAAGGCAAGAAUAUGACCUUCAAGUGGAGAGGCAAACCGCUGUUUGUCCGUCAUCGCACAGAGAAGGAGAUCACCACAGAAGCUGGCGUGAACAUGGCCGAGCUGCGCGACCCUCAGCACGACAAGGACAGGGUCCUCAACCCGAAGUGGGUCAUCGUCCUCGGGGUGUGCACACAUCUGGGCUGCGUGCCCAUUGCCAAUGCCGGCGACUUCGGAGGUUACUACUGCCCCUGCCACGGCUCUCACUACGACGCCUCGGGCCGCAUCAGAAAAGGCCCCGCCCCCCUCAACCUCGAGGUUCCCUUCUACGAGUUCCAAGACGACGACACUGUGGUCGUUGGAUAAAUCACACUCCUCAGACUGAGCUCUCAUUGUACAACAGCUUUUACCUUUGUCAACAGUGUCUGUAUGAUAGACAUCUUCUCAAUAUAGUGAUGCAGUGGGGGAAACGUUUAGGGGUAAUACUGCUGUGUUAUUGUCUCGCUGGUUCUGCCAGCUGGGGGAAAUUGCUCACAUCAAAAACAACUGGUACUGCUGCAGUGUCUUUCGCUCAGUGUCACAAUUUUCCCAAACAUGACAUAUUCUGGUAGUCCUCUUGUCACAUAAUCUCAUAAUGCUGUUUUUCUCAAUGCAAAUCAUUUAGAAUAUGGUGUUUGAGGUAAAAAGGUGAACCCUUGGAAGAUGCCAUCCUCUUCUUUUUCGCCCCUGAAUGUCAUGUCAUCAUGAAAUGAAAACACAUGCAAAUCUUAAGUUAUAGUUCAUCUAAUUUGAAAAGAAACAAAUAUCGUGUUCAGGUCUGAUUAAUAAAGAUUUCUAUUUUAUUUGACAACCUGCA